AUGGCUACCAAUGGCAAAUAUAAUAUGGUUCUGAUAUUGCUUCUAAUUUGCUCUUAUCUCAGCCAAGGCUUUGAGUGUGGAUCUAAAGACGAAUUUAGACCAUCAGACGAUGUUUACCCUUUCAAAUUGCAUUCCCUUCCUUAUCCAAAGUAUUUCUUGAUGCCUGUUUUGACAGCUGACAUUUUAAGUGCCCAUCAUGAUCAUCAUCACCAAUCAUAUGUCGAUAAAAUGAAUGCUUAUAUCGAAAAAACCCCUGACUUUCAAGACAAAACUCUAGUAGAACUCAUAAAUGAAGCAAAAAAUGAUGAGCAUCUUCAGAUGUUCGCUGGAGGUACUUAUAACCAUUAUUUUUACUGAUGGGUUUUAACAAGCCAAAAAAAUUCAUCACCAGAGCCUCAAGGAGCUUUAUUAGAAGAAAUUAACAAAGAAUGGGGAAGCUUCGCAACAUUUAAAGAAGAGUUUGAAAAAUCAAGCAGGAUGCUAUUUGGAUCAGGAUAUACGUGGCUCUGUGUUAAUUCAGACUCAAAGUUGGAAAUAAGAAACACUGUAAACCAAAUUAACCCAUUGAUGGGAGUAGAUGGAAGUUUAUGCUACCCUGUGUUGACUAGCGAUAUAUGGGAGCAUGCUUAUUACUUGAAGUAUAAAUGGGACAAGACAACUUAUUUCUCAUCAUUUUGGAAAAUAAUCGACUGGUCCAUAGUUGAGAUGUUCUAUGAGAAAUAUGCUUCAAAUUUGCAGCCAGUUCCACUGUAG